AUGUAUAAGACCAAAUUUAUCUCCGUUUUGGCUGGACCACUAAAAGGCGUGAUUGGCUUAUCAGAUAAAGAGAUUUGCGAUCUGACGGAUUAUUUUCGAAUUCAGGACGGUCGGAUUCUUUAUUCGCAAUUUUGUGAAGUUAUUCACGAUAGUGUUCCUAAUUCCGAGAACAAGACUCUUGUGACCGGUUUAGAAUGGGAGGAUCCGCUGCAUAUAAAUGUUCUGACCGGCACGGAGACGCGAAAAUUGAAUCUGAUUAUCACUCAGAUCGCCGUGUUAGUGAGCAAAAGAAAAAUUAUUCUUUGGCCAUACUUUCAAGAUUACGAAGUGAUCACGAAGAAUGUUGGCAUAGUUACUCUUGCCCAUUUUGGUCGAAUUUUAAAAUUUCUGGGAAUUGUCCUGGGCGCUGAGGAAUUUCGUCUGCUCGUAAAAAGAUUUGCCAAAGAUACUUAUACCAUAAAUUAUGUAGCGUUUGUGAAAGCUGUAGAUGAAGUUCAACAUUAUUUAGAAAAAUUUGGAAUGGUGAAUCUCAACAAAGAGUUGCUCGAUCAAUUACCCGGUCAAAUAAUUACGGUCGACCUGCCGAAACUCCCACGACCAGAAAUUGGUAAGAUCAUGCCCAGUCAAGUCUUCCAUAAGCAAACGGUGUUCCAUCCAGUGAUGGAACAGACGAAAGAGGCGAUGCUUGUGCAGGAAGUCAUAAAACGCAUCCAGAGGCACAUUCUCGAGCACCGCAUACGAAUCCAUGAAUUUUUCAAGGAUUUCGAACAUCUGAAUGUUGGUCGAGUGACUGUCUCACAAUUUCGAAGAGCGCUGAACGCGCUUCAGAUUUCAUCUUUGGGCCGUCUUUGGCUGAUUGAACCAGAAAUCGAUGCCUUAAUCGCUCUCUACAGGGAUCCAGAUGAUCCGGAUCGCGUAUGUUGGCGCAUAUUCGAAGAUGAUAUAGAUCAGGUUUUUACCGUAAAAGGACUUGAUAAAUUGCCAACCCUAAAAGUGGAAUUACCUCAAGAUAUAGCUGAAUUACCUCGAAAAGGUGUGCUAAAUUGGCAAUGCCAGCCGAAGAAUAUAAGAGAGCUUUGUGAAGAUAUCAUGAAGAGAGUAAGACAACGAGUCGAAGAAAAAAGAAUUCUCUUCAAGCAAUAUUUCAAGGAUUACGACAAACACAAUUGCGGUCAUGUGACGCGAGCGCAAUUCAGACAAGUCCUAGUCUUGGCGACCAUAUUCUUGUCUCCGGAAGAAGAGUUUGUUCUGGAAAAAAGAUAUAACGACGAUAUGGGUUUUAACUACACUCGAUUUUUGCAGGAACUAGAAUCUCAACCGAUCGUGGAGCCUUUAUAUUGUCGCAUGUUGGAGGAUAAAAAGAGACUUAACGCUGAAAGGCCACCGUCUGAACCUGACGAGGAUGAGACCAACAUUGUAUUGAUUUUGGCUAAAAUUAAAGCUAAAGUUGUACGCGAAAGAAUUAAAGUCCUCGAAUUCAUGCGUCAAUUUGAUAGACACAACCAACUUGUCAUUUCGAAGUUUGAUUUUAUUAGAGGUCUAGAUCAGCUUCGUUGCGGUUUGACAACUGCGGAAAUAGACACGAUUACAAACCUUUUUCAGGCGCCUCUAAAGUAUGGAGAUAUAAUAUUGACAAUAAGA